AUGGUUAGACCACGUAUAAAAUUUGGCACACCUUUAUUUUCUUCAGCAGAUUAUGAUUAUAUUAUGCAAUGCCGUGAUUUGGAACCAAGAAAUGAAAUUUUAAAGGAUUUAUUAAAAAAAUAUAGAACAUCAUCAAAACGGAUUUAUCAAAUCUGGAGAGAAGAAGCUAAUAGGGUUGCUUGGGAUCAACCUAUACCUCAAACAUAUAAUCACGAUACUAAGUGUCUUGAGUCGGAGACUCGUGGCUUUGCCACUGACACUAGCUCCGCUAAUAUAUCAAAUUCUGCUACAGAUGUUCUUCAUAUAGAAUCCCUGUCUUUAGAUAGAGAUAAAGUCCCAUUGCUAUGUAGGACCGAAGAGUCAACCCUAAAGGGUUAUAAUAUAUCAGAAGAACCAAGUAAACGAACAAAAACAAAGAGAUCCAAAUCUGUUCGAAAAUCCAACUUGCCUAUUAUCACCAAAGACUUAAUAGAAAAAAUAGAUGAAAAGCCUGCAUAUUCUACAGAUACAUUAGCCUCUUUUAGACGUGCAGUAGAAGAAGGCAAGGAAAAUUUAUCAAAUUCGAAAUAUAAAAUUGAUGAGUUAUAA